AUGGGGAUCGCGGGCCUUGCGGAGCACUACAACGACCUGCUCGUGGGCUCCCGACUGGCCACGGUUGAAGGGGAGGACACCUGGCCACCCGCUACAACGCAUGGGGCGGAUGUCAUCCAGCUCAACAGUGGCGGGGCGGAAGAAGACAGACCUUUCUUCACCCACGCCAUCACCAUGGAGCAAGCAACGCAAAACCUGGCCGCAGUUCGAGGCUUUCUGCAAGGGGAGGCAUACCAGCUUUGCGGCAGAGCGCUGAUAGAAGUCCUUCGCUGGUACAAUGGAGGGGGGAUCCUGGCCCAAGAAAGCCAAGAAGAAGUCCCCCCUGGACAAGAAGAAUGGCCGACUACAGGUGGGGCGACAGGUCCCACACAACUAGACCAUGAAGAUCCGGGUGACGCGGAGCGUGACGCCUACCUGGACCUGCACCUGCAGCAACAGUUCGAGGCGGGCCAGGCAGCCCAAGAGCAAGCUCACGAUGACAGCGACGACCAAGCCACGCUGCUACUGGCGGCCCACUGGCAAGAAGCGGAGACUCAUACACAAGACUUCGGGGCGGUCACGUACCAAGAGAUGGAAGCACAACAAGCUGCGGGGUCUGCAACGCAAGCCGGAGCAGCCAGAGAAGAAGACGAACUUGAAGCCAUGGCGGACUACGCACUGCCGACGGGGAGACGCCGCUUGACUUCGAGCCCCACUGACAAACCAACGCCGGCAAGCUCACCUGAAUCUGACAGUAGCGACUAA